AUGAGGAUGUCCUCGCAGCCGGGCUCACUCUCAGCCGGGUCUGUGCCGCUCUCCGCAGACAGUCAGUGGGAAGAGGAGCAUCUGGCUUCCCAGGAGGAGAAGGAGAGACAGCAGAGAGACAGGCUGCCGCCUAUCCUGUGUGCAAGCUCCGGGGGGAUGGAGAGAGGAGCAAAGGGACAGUUCUCAACAUUCAGCAGUUUUAUUUCAACUAUUAACCAAAAGAAAGAAGCUGCUGGGAACAGAUGCUCACCUACGCAGCUGGUUAUACCAAACAUCAAAAUGGUAAGAGACCUUCCGCCAAUUUGCCUUGAUGUCCGACAAAAGCAGCGAAUCUCAAUUGAUACACUGCCUCCGGAGAUGAGAGCCCCUAUCUUGCCUGAACCUCAAAUUCCAGCACGAAACAGACCCCUCAAGGAUUUCCAGUUAGACUUGGACAAAGCGAAAUCAACAGGGGAAUGGAAAGCUGUGCACGAUUUUUAUUUAACCACAUUUGAUUCAUUCUUGGAGUUAAAUGCUGCAUUCAAGAGAGAUGUAAAUGCUUCUGUUAACACAGUUGAAGAUUCCAGAAUCAAUACAAAGUUUUUAAACACUGUCUAUGAUGCCUUACUAACUACCACUCAAGAUAUCCAGAAAACAGUACUCAAAGGAAUUAUUAACAGCCUCUUAAGGGAAUGGAAAGGGCCAAGAACAAAAGACGACGUUAGAGCCUACUUUAUACUGACACAGAAUCCUCAGUUUAGUAGUACAUCUACCUACGUCAUCUACGCCCAUCUGCUCAGACAAAUUUCCACCCUGUCAGACGCAGACCACAAUUUAUUAAUUCACUGGUUCAAAAAGAUGUCACAGAAACGGUUCAAGCAAUUGGUUGACCGACUGCUACAGUUUAUCUCCUUGCGCCUCUUUCCUGCCAAACCUGAAGAGUUUCCACCUCUAACAAAAUGUACAUGGUGGAUUCCAUCUGGAACCAAAGUUUUAGCAUUGCUCAAUGCUGCAAAUGCACUUUGUAUCCCACCACUGAUUCCAUACAAUGAUUUUUAUAAUUCGACCUUGGAUCACAUUGAUCUCGUCGAAGACUAUCAAACCUGGCAGUUUUAUGGAAACACUCACAGAUUUUCAUUCUGUCAGUUUCCAUUUGUCAUCUCCAUUGCCGCCAAAAAGGUCAUCAUUCAGAAGGACUCUGAGCAGCAGAUGAUCAGCAUUGCACGGCAAAGCCUUGUUGACAAAGUGUCUCGGCGGCAGAAGCCGGAUAUGAAUAUGUUGUUCCUGAAUAUCAAAGUCAGACGGCAGCAGCUCGUUAGCGAUUCACUUGAUGAGCUUACAAGAAAACGAGCUGAUCUGAAGAAAAAGUUGAAGGUGACCUUCAUAGGUGAAGCCGGUCUUGACAUGGGUGGUCUGACUAAGGAGUGGUUCCUUGUGCUCAUCAGGCAGAUUUUCCAUCCUGAUUAUGGUAUGUUUACCUAUCACAAAGACUCAAACUUCCACUGGUUUAGCAGUUUUAAGUGUGAUAACUAUUCAGAGUUUCGUCUGGUUGGAACUUUGAUGGGGCUGGCUGUAUAUAACAGCAUAACGCUAGAUAUCCGCUUUCCACCCUGCUGCUACAAGAAGCUGUUGAGUCCUCCUGUAGUACCCUGUGACCAGAACAUACCUGUAGGCAUCGGAUCUGUUACUCUAGAUGAUCUAUAUCAGAUCAUGCCGGAGCUUGCUCAUGGAUUGAAUGAACUGCUAACAUAUGAAGGCAAUGUGGAAGAAGAUUUCUAUUCAACAUUUCAGGUCUUUCAAGAGGAAUUUGGCAUCAUUAAAUCAUACAAUCUUAAACCUGGUGGAGAUAAAAUCCCAGUCACGAACCUCAACAGAAAAGAAUAUGUCCAACUUUAUGUAGAUUUCCUACUGAACAAGUCCAUCUACAAGCAGUUCUCCGCUUUCUACCAUGGGUUUCACAGUGUCUGUUCUUCCAAUGCGUUAAUGUUACUCCGACCAGAAGAAGUGGAAAUCCUUGUUUGUGGGAGUCCUGAGUUAGACAUGCAUGCACUCCAUAAAAAUACCCAAUAUGAUGGCUACCAGAGAACAGAUCUAACAGUCAGAUAUUUUUGGGAUGUUGUUCUUGGAUUUCCUCUUGAUCUUCAGAAGAAAUUGCUACACUUUGCUACAGGAAGUGACAGGGUGCCAGUUGGAGGGAUGGCGGACUUGAAUUUCAAGAUAUCAAAAAAUGAAACAUCAGCUAAUUGGUUGCCAACGGCACAUACGUGCUUUAAUCAGCUAUGUUUGCCUCCCUAUAAAACGAAGAAAGAAUUGAAACAAAAGCUUACAAUUGCCAUUUCCAACACAGAAGGAUUUGGACUACAAUGAGAUAAGAUGCAGAAACCUUUGAAGACUUCAAACCUACUUGUUUUAUAAAUACAGUGAGCAUUGCAGUUGUGCUAAGAGCGCAACAGUGCUGACUGUUUAGACACUUUUGGAUGCACAUGAGACGUCAGAUGUAAAAGGAGAAAACUUUUCAAUCAAAAUGUCUUUCUAGCGGCCGCAUUUUCAAUGUCUGACUUUUAAAAUGACCUUAUGUGCUAGAGAGACCUACAGAACGUUACAGGGAUUAAUCCUGUUGUACAGUAUAUAACACAAGCUCACUUUUACAGAUUUAGCCAACUGCUGUACCUUAUGCUUUUUUCAGUUAUUUAGUAAGAAAACUUAGUACAGUCCAUCAAACUGUUUCCUUUGAUUGACUCUUUAGUAUUGUGGGGAAAAGAUUCACGUGGAUAGAGUUUUCUAUUUUCUACUGUAUAUUGUUGUAAAAAAUCUAUAUUGUCAGUUUUGUCAGCUCUGUGUACUAAAGUUUUAUAUAUGCUUACGUACUAUACCUUAAAUCCAAGCCAUUGCUUAAGCUUUUGCUGAGGAUAGGUGACCACACAAACGUAUACUUAACUAUUCAAUCUACUUUUGUAUAGCUACUAUACAAGUGAUUUUUUUGCACUUAUUGUACAUUUAAUAGUUUUAGUUUUUUUUCUAUGUUUUAACUUUCUGCAUUUUAAAAUGUAAUUCCAUUGUAAAUAUGAAAGGAACACCCUAUGUUAGAUGCAAAAUAGAGAGGGACCUUCAGUAGUUUUUAAUGCUCUUGUACAUGCUAUUACAUAGUAUGUAAGAUAUUGAUAUACAGUAUUAGGUUUUGUAAAUCCGGGUGAUUUUACGUACCUAACUGUUGGUGUUCUUUUUGGCAAACAACAUGAAGAAAGUAAAUGUCAGGUUUAUACUCAGUUCAUCAUGAAUGUACUGUAUCAGGGCGGAUUUAGUGGUCCUUAAAUGUUUAUCCAUCGCCUAAAUGCAUUGAAGCUUCUUAUGCGCUUCAGUGAUGAUGAGUUUGUUUUCUUAACAAUCAUAUUGUGUCCAGCCACAGUAUAGCUGCCUACACUGUGCGUCUGGUUAUGCUAAGGGGGAAAAUUGAAUGCAGUGUUUUAUUGUGUUGUGAAAUUGGUGACUUUUAGUGUGAAUGUAUGUGUGUAACUAUAUAUAUAUCUACAUAUCUAUAUAAAUAUAUAUAUAUUUCUAUAUAUAAUUUUAUAUAUAUAUAUAUAUAUAUAUAUACACACAUACAUUGUGUAAAGCAAUAAGUAGGCUUCAAAGUUUAGUGUAGAGGAACCGAUUAGAAGUGAUCAUAGAAAUGUGCACUCAUUGACCAUAAAAGGGGCAGUAUACAACACAAAGUCUGAGGAUGUCUAUUGUACAGAAUAGAGCAAUAAGUUACUACAGCAUUUAUAGAUGUGUUAUACUCACAUGAUCUGUAAGUUUUAUUUUAGAUUUAAUAUCCUGCCUUUAUCUCACUGGAAGAACUGCUCCUAUUUCGCCAAGGUUAGGCUCAGGUAGGCUGAUUCUAGUGCCCUUCAAAGGAAAUUACUAAAAGGAAGUGUCAUGUGCACAGGAAAAAAAGAUGCUUGCCAUGAAGAAAUCUCCAACUUACAAGGUCUGAGAAUUAAGUUUGUGAACUCGCCACCCUAUGCUUUCCACGGCAGAACUGGACAGAAACCUCAGUAUGGUUUGAUGACGUUGGCAUAUCGGUGUUUCACAGCUGUGCUGUUGUUGAUCUACGUUAGUCCCUUCCUGAGUGGUGUCUAUUAUUGUCUGUUUGUGUUUUGACAUGCCGUUGCAAGAAUGUCGAAGCUUGAAUUAGAGCAAUGAAUGAACAUUAAAUUUAGUACAAGUUUUCAGGGAUAAUGCUAUGAUGAAAACAUACAAGUCGGUGAAACGUUUUUCUGAUUGAAGAGAAAGUGUCACUGAUGAUGAGAGAUCAGGAUGGCUAGCAACGAGCAGAACUGAAGGAAACAUUGCAAAAGUUCAUCAAAUUGUGCAUGAAAAUUGUCGACUGGCUGUCAGGAGCAUAACCGAGCGAGUGAACAUCAACAGCGAAACAGUAAGGAAAAUCUUAAUUGAGGCUGCAUGAAACAGUAAGACUGAAAUGAGCUGAACUUUUUGCCAACAACUCAUAGAUCUUGCAUCACGACAAUGCACCUGCUCACACGGCACUGUUUUUAGCUAGUAAACAAAUAACUGCGUUGGAACACCCUCCAUAUUCACCGGAUCUGGCCCCAAUUACUUUUUUCUGUUACCGAAGAUAAAGGAAAUAUUGAUAGAAAGACAUUUUGAUGACAUCAGGAGUAAUAAAACAGCAGGUCUAAAGGCCAUUCCACAAAACCAGUUCCAAAAUUGUUUUGAAGGGUGGCCUAGGUGCUUUCAUUGUUGCAUAGCUUUCCAAGGCAAGUACUUUGAAGGCAACCACAGUGAUAUUCAGCAAUAAGGUAUUUAUCACUUUUACGGUGUUGAGUUCACAAACUUAACUGUCAGACCUUGUAUAUACAGUAUCUAGUCCUGAUAAGCACACAAUCGCACCUCCCAACAGAGCUAAAUUUCCCUACUGGAAGGUAUGUCCUACUCACUGCUGCUCUGCAUAGCAAAGCAUCAGUGAAUGAAUGUCAUGUACUUCAGACAUCUUGCCAUUGGCAGGUAAUUUCAGGGGACCAGAGGGGGAUAAAGGACAGCCCUCCAUGAUGCAGAUCCAACCCCCCUUCCCCCUCCCUCCAAAUCCUCUUACUUAUGGAUUUUUGAGGGGGAAAUAACAAAAUAUUAACAUGUAUCUUUGUGUAGUGCCUCUUUUAUAUGAAGUAACCUGUAUUGUGCAUUCAGUUUCCCUUUAAAAGGUAUAAGUACUUUGAAUGAUCAUCAUUUGGAAGAUACAUUAAAGUUCAAUUCCAUUGUUCAGAUCAGUGAAGAUUGCUUGCAAUGGGUUAAUGUGUGCUAUUUGCACCUUGUACUUAAAGAUACCUGCUAAAAGUAGGAUUUAAAUAAUAAAUAGAACAAAUAGUAAAAUACUAAUGUGUUAUUAAGUAGUAUGUGUACACCAUCUUAAAAUACAGGUUAUUUGAUGAUGGAUUAUGUCGUUUUAGUGUAUAAUUUGUAAAAGUGUUUCAGUAACAGAUUUAUUUUUGCAGAAAGAAUUUUGGGACAAUUUAUCUUUUUGAAAGUUUUAAAGAAAAUAAAAACAACUAAAUAUUGAUUAUUGAACUUUCUGGAGUUGCGGUAUAGCUUCAGUAAUAUUGAUUAGGUUAUAUUAUUGUGUUAUAGCUAAAGACAUACUUGAGAGACAAGCUGCAAAACAUUUAGACAACAUUUCAAGGCCUGGGAACCAUGUUGUUCUGGUCAUAAAUGGCAUUACACAGUUCACUUAUCAAGUAUGCAUUUAAUAAUGUGGUUCGUGUAGUUUUGUGUGUAGCUAUGUAUAUAUGACAAAAGCUAAGGCACAGACUGUUGUGUGUUUUGCUUGCAGAAAUAUACAGCAAAGAAGAAUGUCCUGUGAUGUUCUGUGUAUACCGUAUUAUUUGUGCGAUUAGCUUGUAAUACUGUGUCCUUUUUCUAGUAGUAGGUGUAGAAUGUGUACCGAGGGACUUGUGUCUCCUCUGCGUCCUUUAUUUUUGUGACCACAAUUGUACUAUGAACUGUAUAAUCUGUCUGCCAGUAUGACAGACUUGCUUUGCAAACAAACAUAUAUGUCAUUUGCUUUGGCCCCCAAAACAACAACAACACACUUUUUUUUUUUACUAACUGUUCUGCAACACACAUUACAUAAGUGUUGCACGCAUUAGACACAAACGCGUUAGAAACUGUGAUUGCCACUCAAAGUGAAUCUGUAUUAAAGGAAUUAGGGCUUGGUCAGUGGUAUGCAAAUAAAAACACAAAACAGCAGCUCAUAGGUUUCUAUAGGGCCUUUCACAUAUACAGUAUGUGACAGUAUAGUGUGUUACUCACGCGUUUUGCAGAGUGACAACUAUUGAAUCAGGUGCAAAAUCAGCAUAUAAAAAAGAAUGUCAUUUCUUUGAAGCUUCUUUGGUUGUUAACUUGAAAACACCAAACGCUUAGAGGUGAAGGAGUGGUUGAUAAGCGUUCAGGUAUGUUUGUGUAUUUAUUGAUUGUUAGGUACUGUCUAGCAGGAUCCAGAGAGUCACAUAUGGAUUCUGAAAGUGUAUAAAUUGCAUUUAUACAAAACUGAUACUUUGGUGUAUAUCCUCUUUCAGGUAUGUUAUGAAAGUGUUCAAUGUGUCAUUACAACCCAAUGCAAUUCUGCAAGUAGUUUUGGUUAAGAUGCAUGUAGAUAAAAGAGAAUACAAUAGUGUACUUAUUUAUGGCUAGGUGAAAAGGACUAUGCAUAUCUCAGAGUACCUGUAAUCUACUAUAUUGGAACAGACAGCAUAUAAAUAAUCAUAUGUUGUAUUUAUCUUACCUCCCAACAUUUUUCAAUUAAAAUUCUGGACCCCGCACUUGCCUGCAAAGGGGGCAUGGCCUCACAGCACAGCCCCAUUUCCAUCACUCUGGCGGCAUGUCCAGCACUCCCAGAGAGGCUGCGCUGCUCCCUAGGCUCUUCCCCCACUGUCUGUGUGUGUUCCCCCAAAUUUCCCCCCCUGUGAAACACAUUGACCCUCGGUUGGGAUGGCAGUAACAGUAAUCGAAAAGUGGGACUGUCUCGCUGAAAGCAGAACAAUUGGGAGAUACGUAUUUUCUGAAUGUGACCGUCAUAGUUUUUGAUUGUCUCCUAUUUACAUGUCUGUGAGAUGUUAGGCAUUGGUAGUUUGUAUUAGUAAGAGAGUGACCAACCCAUGUACUGGCAGAAUGCUCAUUGUGCUCCUGAUAAACAUAAUGUGACAUUAUCGCAAUACAGGAAGUCGGCCAGCUUUAUCUGAAUGAUCAUAUAUACAGCCUAUAUCAACAGCUCAUUUAAAUAAUGCCUACAAUUAUUUGUGAUAAGUACUUGAUAGAGAUGAAAGGUCAUUGUUAUAUAGCUGAUUUUCUUAAUAAAUAGUAGGUGUUUUAAUAGCUGUACAUUAAAAUUAGGCUUUUAUUCAAACUUCCUCUAGGACGAGAGAAGCUCCAUAAAGUACAUGGUGGACAAGCCAUAAUGAUAUGAUUUAUGUCCUCUGCCAACCAAAACAUAUGACGCGUUUUGCAUCAUCAUGUUGACCUUUGCCCACUACUCAUUAUGGCCCCACAGCAGGGAAAUUGACAAAUUCUCACUUGGACCAUCUCUCGGAUCUGCCAUGCGUAUUAGCCUCAGGCUGUAUUGUUAGUAUUAGAAUUUUAAAAAUGUACAUGACAAGCACAUUUUAAUUCAUUUUAUAUUGUGUUAAUUAAAGCCUAAACUCUAAACCUGUGGUAUGUGCAUCUCACAGGAUACCUUCAAUGGAUCGGCUGGGUACUUCAGUCUGUUAAAUAUAACUUAAUAACAUAGUACAGUACAUCACAGGUUCUCAAACUCUGUCCUCAGGGCCCCACACAGUGCAUGUUUUGCAGGUAACACAGCAGGUGCACAGGUGUAUUAAUUACUCACUGACACAUUUUAAAAGGUCCACAGGUAGAGCUAAUUAUUUCACUUGUGAUUCUGAGGAGACCUGCAAAACGUGCCCCAUGUGGGGUCCUGAGGACCGAGUUUGAGAACCUAUGCAGCACAUGAUCGAAUCUGCACAAAACGAAUCUGAGCUUUUUAGAAUUGUCUUGGCAUAAAGUAACAAACAUUAGUAAGAACUUCGUACAAAUUAAUAUACUCUAGGAGGUAUUAUCAUAACAUGAGGGCACAUUUAAAAGAAGAAGAAAAAAAAGAUUACAAAACCCUAAUUUAAAGUGGAGUUGUUUAUGUGCCAAAGUCAGACAUUUUUAAUUGUGGAAUACUUUUAUAUUCCUUCUUUAAGAUCAUGCAGUUCAAGUAAUUGAAUGGACCAUUGUGUCUUAGGAAGAGUACUUUCUAUAUAGACAACACUAUUAUUAGCAGUUAUUUUUUCUAACAGGGUGUGACCAAGCCUCGCAGGCGGUUUUAUUUAGUAUUGCAAUGAUGAUGUUGUUGAUUACAACAGAGUUUUACAUUUUGUAUGAUUUUUUAAUUUUUUGUCUCUUUGGUUCUUUUUAGUAUACCACUUUUAGAGCUACAGUAUUUGUUAAAAUAAAAUGCUACUGGUAUAUUUAAGGUAGAACAUCUUGGAAUAUGUUAAUAACGAGUAAAAUAACAGCCCUUCACCUUUAUAGUCUGUUCUGGACCAUUCUUCUUUUUUCUGGUAGUAGUGAUGUGUUUCUUCAUCCUGUGCCUGUAUUAUUGCCAUUAUAUGUAUCCAAAUCAAAGGGACUGUAUCUGAAAAUGUGUUGAAAACAAUCAGCUGUUUUAAAUAUCUUGCUAAAACUUUCAGUUCUAAGAGCAAGUACUACAUGUGAUUUUAUUUCUCAUUCUAUAUCCAGAACUAUAAAUCUCUCUAUUUAUACAAAUUUUUACUAUCUGUAUACUACGUACCGGAAAGCACAUUUUACUAUGGAGCACGGCAGUGCCCCUGGAGUUUAGCUUUCAUUUUUGAAAUUGCACUCGAAAAAUGGCAUUAGCGUAUUGGUCGCAUAUGCCUUACCAUAUCUCCCUCUAGGCAUCGGGCAGCACUAGCGGUGUCCUUCUGCAUACUGUACUGCAGAUACCACUUUAUCUCUGCAUAGGAGAUUUUACACUCUAUCACUGAUGUUUACUGUCAUUCUCUGCAGCAUCAAACAUUAUAAUCCACCAGAUCGAAUUAGAAAUGAUGACCUUCCCAUUGUUCAAGGGGUUUAUCAGAUAGAUGGCAUUUACAGCUGUUAAACCAAUAAGCACAGUAUAUUGUCAUUGUAUUUCCAUUUUUUUAUUUUCAGAAACCGGAAUUAAGAUAGUGUUUCACCCUUGCAUAAAAGUGUUAAUGUUUAGGUAUUCUGUUCUCUGGGCUGAUAUUUAAAUGAAUUGUACUAUUUUAUUAAAUUAAUUAAAAUUAUAAUUAUUUCCCUCAAAGUUUUAGUAAAGAUUUUUUUUUUUUACCUGAAAAUCUAGCCUAUGAGAAACAAAUGCAUGCUUUACUUAAUGUGUAAUUUCAAGAAUGCCUCUCUUUUCCAUUUAAUGUUACUAAACUUAUUCUGUAUGAAGAUACUAAACCACUUGGGCCUUUAGGAGGUACCCAGGCCUGUGUUUACAUUAGAGCAGGGAUGGGGAACCUUUGGCCCUCCAGCUGUUGUUGAACUACACAUCCCAGCAUGCCUUGCAAUAGUUUUAGCAUGGCCAAAUAGCAAAAUUGUAGCAGGGCAUGCUGGGAUGUGUAGUUCAACAACAGCUGGAGGGCCAAAAGUUCCCCACCCCUGCAUUAGAGGCAGCCUAGGCGCAUGCCUAAUACAAUAUAAAAAAUUGUUUAUAUUUACUCUUUAAAAUUGAACAAAAUCAAUAUAUUUUAUGUUGUCAGCAGUAUGAACCCUAUAAAAUAUUUAAUAGAAGUGGUACAUCAAUUUACAUUAUAAAAAUUAUUUUUGAUCAAUGACUGGUUCCUUUUCCAAGAAUUGAAAGGAGCCUUAAUGUAAAUAGAAAUGGAACCUUUAUAUAAAGUGUUUGUGCUUUUUCCAAUUGCUGAGCAAUUCUACUCUUAUUUCCUACGGUGUAUGUAUUUCUGCAUAAAAACAUUUGUGGAACAUUUGAAAUAUAUGUUGAAGACAUGUAAGACAGCUGCUGUUGUCUGUAAUUCUAAAGAGAAGCCCUCUUAUUGUUGACCUUGUUUAGAAUUUUAAACAUUGCCUUAGAGUGUUUUUAUUUAUUAAGGAGAUGUUUUGUUUACUGUAUAAAAAUACCUCAGAAAAAAAACCUGCUGCUUGCAUAAAUUAUAAGUUCAAUAGAAAUGUUAGGGAAACAUUUUAUACUUUGUACAAAAAGUAAUAAAUCUGUUGGCACUU